AUGGCGAGCCAUACUAUACUGUUUGUUCAAAGAUGUGCCCAGUGCCACACAGUAGAAGGAGGUGGAAAGCAUAAAACAGGACCAAAUCUUCAUGGUAUCAUUGGACGAAAAACUGGACAAGCUGCUGGAUUCAGUUACACAGAUGCCAACAAGAACAAAGGGAUCACAUGGGGCAAGGAGACACUCUUUGAAUACCUGGAGAACCCCAAGAAGUAUAUUCCAGGAACGAAGAUGGUGUUUGCAGGGCUCAAAAAACCACAGGAACGAGCAGAUUUGAUAGCCUACCUAGAACAAGCCACAUCAUGA